AUGGAUCGACACAUUGAUCCAGUUGAUAAUAAUGUUUCGAGAGAAUUUAGCGAAGGUGUUGAAGUUUUUAUCGCAUUUGCCUCGAGUCAAAAUUCUUUUAUGGAGCGAAAAACCAUGCUAUGUCCUUGUGUAAGUUGUGGAAACCGAAAGCAACGUGAUGUAAGAACCGUAUCCCGCCAUCUUUACCGAGUCGGCUUCAAAAGUAAUUAUUAUGUAUGGUCAAGCCAUGGAGAAACCUACUAUGACGCUGGAGAAUCUUCGACGGGAGGUCAAUUUAUGGGAGAUGAAGCAAGAUAUGUAGGCGGACCAUAUGAAGAGAACAUUCCUGGAGGAGACUUUGGGUCAACUGAAAUACCGGAGAAUUUGAUGGAGGAACCCAACGAAGAGCAAUAUGAAGAAGGAGUGUUUGAAGCUUUUGAAGCCGCUAAUCAACCACUAUAUGAUGGAUGUGUUGAAGGUAUUUCUCAACUAUACUUGGCAUCUCGUUUAAUGAAAGUAAAAACUGAUCAUAAUUUGGCGGAGUCAUGUAUGGAUGAGUUAUCACAAACUUUUAGAGAUGUUUUGCCACAACCAAAUAUAGCUCCUGAGUCAUAUUAUGAGAUGAAGAAGCUGACGAAGUCGCUUGGCCUCCCUGUCGUGAAGAUCGAUAUUUGUGAAGAUAAUUGCAUGUUAUUUUGGAAAGAAGAUCGCGAGUUGAUGGCGUGUCGGUUUUGUGGAAAAGAUAGAUAUCACCAGAAGAACCAUGGAAAAGGGAAAAGGCGUCCAAAACAGAGAAUGUUCUAUUUGCCUAUUACGGAGAGGUUGAAGCGUCUUUACCAACAAGAGGCUACUGCAUCACAAAUGCGAUGGCACGCAGAACAUGAGUCGCCAGAAGGAGAAAUGCACCACCCUUCUGAUGCAGCAGCGUGGAAGCAUUUUAACAAGGUAUAUCCUGAUUUCGCUGCGGAAAGUCGAAAUGUUUAUCUAGGAUUAGCAACAGAUGGAUUUAAUCCAGUGGGUAUGAGCGGUGAAUCCCACUCGGUCUGGCCCGUCAUCGUAACCCCAUAUAACCUACCUCCUGGUAUGUGUAUGAAAAGAGAAUAUUUCUUUUUAUCAGUACUAGUUCCUGGGCCAAGGCAUCCAAAGAAGAGCAUUGAUAUCUAUCUGCAGCCGUUAAUUGAAGAACUAAAAAGUUUGUGGAGCGAUGGAGUCGAAGCCUAUGAUGUCUCGAAGAAGCAAAAUUUUACGAUGCGAGCCGCACUAAUGUGGACAAUUAAUGACUUUCCCGCUUACGGCAUGAUGUCCGGAUGGAUGACUCAUGGCCGUUUAGCUUGUCCAUAUUGUCUUGAUGAUACAAAGUCUUUUUGGUUGCAACAUGGAAGGAAGCAUAGCUGGUUUGACUGCCAUAGAAUGUUCUUGCCUAGGGAGCAUCCUUACAGAAGAAAUGUCCAAGCUUUUCGAAAGGGGCAGACGGUAACUGAUGAUCCUCCACCAUGGUUGACGGGAGAAGAAAUUCUUCGCGAAAGAAUCAACAACAUCGAAGGACUGAAGGAAACGGUCGAUUGUGGAGGAAAUGGACACGAGAAACCUGCAAGCACUAUAAACGGCUACGGCAAAGACCACAAUUGGGUGAAGAAAAGUAUCUUUUGGGAGUUGCCGUAUUGGGAAAACCUGCUUCUUCGCCAUAACCUGGACUUCAUGCACGUUGAGAAAAAUUUCUUCGAUAAUCUUAUCAACACGGUGCUUAAUGUUCCCGGGAAGACAAAAGAUAAUGCAAAGUCGAGGAUGGAUCUACCUGAUUUAUGCAGACGGUCUGAGUUACAUAUGAAGGAUGAUGGAACGAUGCCAGUCCCGAUAUUCCGGUUGUCGAAGGAGGAUAAAAAAGAAUUUCUGCGAUGGUUGAAAAAUGAUAUAAAAUUUCCAGAUGGAUACGCUUCAAAGUUUAGUAGGUGUAUAGACGAGACGAAUAGCAAGAUUUCAGGUCUGAAAAGUCAUGAUUGUCACGUCAUUAUGCAGCGACUUCUCCCAUUCGCGUUUAAGGAAUUACUUCCCAAAAGUGUUCACAUUGCCAUUUCAGAGAUAGCACUCUUCUUUCGUGAUAUAUCUGCGAAGAUACUUAAGCACGAAGAUGUUGCCAUUUUGAAAGAAAACAUUGCGGUGAAGCUUUGCAAUUUGGAGAAGAUUUUUCCACCUUCGUUCUUCGAUGUUAUGGAACAUCUGACCGUACAUUUAGCAGACGAAGCUGCUUUAGGUGGUCCAGUGCAAUAUAGAUGGAUGUAUCCUUUUGAGCGAUACAUGUACCAUCUGAAAAAGAAAGUUAAAAAUAAGGCACACAUUGGAGGUUCCAUCGUUGCACAAUAUGUGAAUGAGGAAAUAUCUACCGCUUCUGCUAACUUCUUUGGUAAUCCACAAGUGGUACCUGAGGUUCCACUUCCCGGAGAAGUUCGGUUUACAUAUCAAUAUCCAGAUGUGCCUAACUUGUUUUAUCACGAAGGUCGGGUUAGUGGAAAAUCUGAAGAGAAAUGGCUAACCGAUGAUGACUACACCGUCCUCCAGACUUUUCUGAUGCUCAAUUGUGAUACAUUCGAACCCUACGAAAGGAUGUUCGAGGAGUUUGUGAUGGAGAGAAACCCGUAUAUGUCUGGUAAUGACCUACAAAUACUGAAAGACCAACAAUUUGCCGAAUGGGUGAAAAACUAUGUUGUGCAAGCGAGUAACACAUAUGAGUUUCCGAUGUGGAUGUUGGAUUUUGUACAAGGUCCGCAACGUAAGUAUAAAUCUUGGCCGAUUUACCAUUCACGUGGCUACUGCUUCCACACACAUAGCCAUGGACAAGAUAAGAAAACCCAACAUUACGGUGUCCAAGUUCGUGGAACCACAGAUACUGACUAUUACGGUUUGAUCGAGGAGAUAAUGAUGGUUGAGUAUUUUGGUUCUGUUGGACUGAAGGCCAUGGUUUUUAAAUGUAAGUGGUUUGAUACAACUGAAGGUCGGGGAAUUCGAAAACAUAAUUCAGGAAUCGUUGAUGUGUCUCCGCGCUGGCAGUAUGAGAAAUAUGAUCCAUUUAUCUUAUCUGGUAAUUGUGAUCAAGUUUGUUUUAUUCCUUAUCCGCGGGUACGACAUACAUCAGCCAACGAUUGGUGGGCAUGUACAAAAGUUAUGCCUAGAGGGGUUCGAGAAACGUCUGAGGAUGCUCUUGUUGCGUUACAAGAUGAUACACACAACCAAGUUGUUGCACGGAGCGUGAUGGUGCGCAUUGAGACGUAUGUUGUCGAAGAUGAUUCAGAUUAUGAAUCCACGCCAAAUGUUCCUGCUAAUGACGAAUACAUUUCAGAAGAUGAAUUAGACGAGGCUUGUACUGAUUCGGAUUCUGAAUCUGAUUCAAGUUCUUAG